UAGAAGGAUCAGGGCCACCGCGCAUGUGCGGGGCCGGUUCGGAAGCGCGCGCGUUGGCCGUUAGUCGGUGGCCGCCAGCAGUGGCCGGGGAUGAGGGAGCAAUGAACGCUGUGCCGGAGAACAGCGAGUCCCAGAUGGCGACCGAGGCACAGCGGGUCCUGCACUCCCUGGUGCGGGACUUCCCGGCCCCUUUAGGCCCCGGCAACUCGUUACCCGUGCGGCUGCAGAGCGCGGCGUUGAGCUGGGAUGAGGUGGAGGGAGAGAGCGUCGACAUGGGGCUGAAGCUGCUGCGGGACAGGAACAUGUUGCCCGUCCAUGCUGCUGCUCUGAUGCAUGCUGCCAUUACCCGUGUAAAACAGCUGGAUGUCUCCAUCUUUAAAAACAAAAAGGAACCUGAUCAGGAUGAGAAAGAGUUUGUCUUACUGGAUGGAGAACUGGUGGCUCGAACAGUAUUUAACAAAUUGCUUGAGGUCUGCUCUGACUGGAUAAGAGAACCACUAUUGCCACAAUUACCAAAGCAGUAUUUAAAAGUUUCCACUCAUGCUAUUCGUAACACACGAAGAAAGAUGGAAGACAGACAUGUGGUAUUGCUCGAGUUUAAUGCUCUGUUUGGCAUUAAGGAUGAGAAAGAGAGGGCUUACUUUGCUGUAUUUGAUGGGCAUGGUGGAGUAGACGCAGCUGACUAUGCUGCAACACACCUUCAUGUCAUUCUUGCUCAUCAGGAAGAGUUUUCAACACAGCCAUCUGAAGCAUUAAGGAAAGCCUUCAAACAGACUGAUGAGACGUUUCUUCAGAGAGCCAAGAGAAAGAAACUAAGGAGUGGUACCACUGGUGUGACAGCCUUAAUUGCUGGCAAUACGUUGCAUGUGGCUUGGCUUGGAGAUUCGCAGGUGAUGAUGGUGCGACAGGGCCAAGCUGUGAACCUUAUGGACCCACACAAACCUGAGAAAACGGACGAGAAGCAAAGGAUUGAACAGCUUGGUGGAUGUGUAGUAUUUUUGGGAUGUUGGCGUGUAAACGGAAUACUUGCAGUCUCUAGGGCAAUUGGGGAUAUUGACCAAAAACCGUACAUUUCGGGGGACGCGGAUUGUGCCACGUUCAAACUGGAUGGCAGAGAAGACUACGUUAUUUUAGCCUGUGAUGGCUUCUUUGAUGGAAUUGAACCUUCCAAGGUUGUGCACAUUGUACAAGAGCACUUACUAGAAAACGCAGGUGAUGGCAGUUCUGUUGCAGAGACGCUUGUAGCAGCUGCAAAAGAAGGUGGAUCGAAUGACAACAUCACUGUGGUGGUGUUCUUUCUACAAGACCCACAGGUCAUUUUAAAGGACAGCCAAUCGCAAGUGGGCAGUGAGAAUGCCGGUCUGGACAGUAAGUGCCCCCAAGCCAAAGGAAACUCUGAAACAGUUAAUCUUCUCAAGUGAGGUUAAAGAUAGCCAGACAAAUUAUAUGACUUGCUGAUGGCUGACUAUCAUUUAGUCGUGAUCAUGAGAUCAUUUAACAGUGUUACAUUCAGGGAAUAUAUUUUACUCGGUGAUGCCAAAGAAUUGGAGGGGAAGGGUAUUGGUGUUAAAAUGCCCGCAUCUUGGCAAAGCUAUGCCUGCAGUGUGUAUAACAAUCUAUUUUAAUCUAAAGUCUCCUGUAUGACCUUUAAUAAAAAGGUGUCUAAACUCAGUAAUUGAGGGUGCAAGAAGCUUCAAUGGGAAAGGCGAGUGGUGGCCAAGAACAGCGGUCACGCCAUCGCACGUUUUCGUAAAUUCCAGGCUGAAAGGCUGGAUUUAAGCCUGGUAUUGCUUUGCUUUGACUUUUAUGGAGAACAUAUAAAUGGAAAGUGUUCCCUAAUCCUGUUCACCAGAAUGGAUGCUAGAAUAUUACGACAGUAUUUGGUCUGAUUUCAGACAUGAGCUAUGCCUAGAGGUUGGAACGUUGCUUUCAACUUCCUCCAAACCAACAAAAUUGUGCCAUUCGCACUACACCUGUUUCACAACCUCUUCUGUUGCAAGCUUUCCACAGCAACUAACCCAAAGUUUUGGGAGCAAGCUAUUUCAUUGGUUUAUGCUUUAAAAUUAAAUAAGAAGAUAUUUAAAGCUGAAAUCAGUGAUUGCAAGUAACAAUGCCAUGAAAGUUGGAUGACCAUUGGGGGAUAUUGUGAGAUUAUUUUUAUAUUAUCUGGAAGUCAUUAAUGUCCUGCAUUACAAAGCAUUUUAUUCCACUUUCUUUUACUUGUGUAAAUGAACCAUCGGUGAUUAAUAGAAAAAUUCACAAUGGGUUUUAUGUUUGGGCUAUUCUACCAUGCUGACCAAGUUCUGUGUGGUAAAAAUGCAAACUCAUCAUUUUUUCAAAAUUGUUUUUUCAUGUUUGCAAAGUUUUCAAGCACCCUUACGUACUGAUUUUCCUCAAGCGAAAAAAAAAAUACAGGUUGACAAUCUAGUGCCUUAUUCUGAUCUGUGUGUAGUACAAACUAUGUAAUAAUUUGUACUGUUCCACGGAUCCAUUGCAGACUGUUUAGUGCCUUAUGCAUCUCUGCACACCUAUGGCGAUGGUAUUUGUUGUGCACUGUAGCAUUGCUUCAUUGCCAUUUGUUGGGAGAGAAAAAUAUGAGAUGAUUUUAUUUAGGCAUUUUAUUUAAUGCUGAAUUUGUAAUGUUCAGUCUACUGCUUGUGUUAAAGAAUAUAAACACAUGUGAAUGUAUUGUGGUUUUAAAUAAAAAUAACAACUGGAAUUGACCUGUUGUGGAAAUAUUAUGGUUUUCACAACAGUGUUCUAAUAACUGAAUGGUCUUCGAUACUGUGCAUUUGAAAAACUUUGCUCGCCCAGAAUUCUACAACCAACUGCCCAGAAUUUGCAUAACAUAAUAAGUAAUGUACACGAGUCCUCAAAAGCAUCUAGGACCCUCAAAUAUGGUUAUUUAAUAAAAUAUUAAAAGUCAA